GCUGGGACCGUGAAACAUUAGCUGGAGCAAAGCCAGCUCUGUGUCCCAGAGGGAAGCAUCAUGUACAGUAUGGUAUUUCCACUGAUUACCAUUCCACCAUGCCUUCAUUUUAAUGUUUCAUGUCAUCACAGUUUCUCUUUAAGUUGAUGGUGCCUCCAAAGAAAGCCGAUUUUUCUACUAGAUUUUUCACCUGUAUCUUCCACAGAGCAGUAGGAUUUCAGUUCUGAGGCUCAUUUGCAUGAUGGUGACAUCUGUUUGAUACAGAGACAUAUAUAUCAGUUCUUUCUUCCUAGUUUGUUUCAUUCUCUAUCUUAUAGACACUUUUAAAGAAGGAAGUGGAGCCUGAUGAUUCAUGCUGAUUCCUCAAGUAUGUAACUAGUUAUGUUUGUUCAAUUGUCUUUCAGUCCCUCUGUACACACUGUGAAGUGAGAAGGACCCUCCAAAGUGACAUGUCCACGCCCAGCUUGGUGAUAGACUGGUGAAGGCACCGAUAUUCUGAAGCAUGGCUACCGGAGUGAUUCAUUUUCCAGCCUGCAGUUUGUGUUUAAAGAGUGAAGAUCCAGUGCCUGCAUAUAUUGGUCGACAAUGGAGGGCUCAGCAGCGCCUGGAGGCUCUUCAGCGCCUUGCUGUAGGUCAGUCUUCUCCUCAUCUGCCUCAGGUUGUGUAUGAAGAUCCUGAAGUUAAUGGAAGGAAUCGCUACAAAUAUUUUACACGACCUCUCAGCUUUUCUAAGCUGCUUCCAGCAGGUGUUCCAGAAGCUGUUGCUGAUACAAAGAAAGGGAGAGAGUCGCGUACCCUGUCAGCCGCAAAGGAUGCAGGGGAUGCAGGGGACAGCCAGGUCCUCAGCCUCUUGUUCCGAACCCUGGGGACACAGACAGAUUACAGGGAUGGUGAAGCACAGACAGAUCCCUAUUCCCCUGAAUAUAUAGUCCGCAGUGGCUCAGUCCCUGAAAUUCUGGCACUUGCUACACUCACUUGGGGUCGGGGGCUGCCAGCAGGACAAGCUGAGAUGGAGAUUAUUGACCGCAUCCGGGAAAAACGCGCUUGGGAAGCAGCCCUGCCACCCAUGGACAGUCCCUCAAACAUCGCCAAGAGGUUGAAGAUGAUGGAGGCUAUGGAAAGGAAGGAGUGGGCCUAUAGAGAAGCGGAAAUAGAUAAGUUGCAGAAGGUUCAAAUGGAAGCCUUUAAGAAGCUGCUGCAGAGGCGAGAGGAGAAUCAGAAUGAGCUGAAUGCCAUGCGCUUGAACGACCACUGGGAAAAUCAUCAGAAGGCUAAAAAAGAGAAAAUGAGAAAGAUUCAGCAUGACUGUGCAUUGAUGCUCAGGAAACUGAUAGCUAAGAGGAAAAAUUGGAUGGGAAAGCUGGAGAGACGAGAUAUCAUCAGAGAGUAUAAAGACUUUGGAUCACAAACAUAUGCUCCUUUGUCUCGAAUUGGCUUUUUCCCAGACAACAAUUCUGACUACUAUGCGGUAAAAAACUACUAUCUUAACACCUUUGCAGGAUUGUGUGAACUGGAAAAAUCUGCCCCGCCUUCUUUCUUCCCGAUCAAGAUUAAAGCUCCAAAACCUAAAUGCCAUAUCACUAAGACUGGCUAUAUUAAAAGGUCAGGAAGACUAGAGGUAGUCCUGAAACAAGUUCACGAGGAACUUCUGGAGAAGAAAAAAGCCAAGGAGCCAAAGAAGCCUCCCCCUGUCUGUGAAAAAGUAGAAAGCCCUGUUCCUAAACCACCCACUCUAGUCCUGGAAAAACCAUCAAUUGAGGAAGAGGAAAUAGACCUGGCAGUGAUCUGUCUGCAGAAGUUGCUCCGAGGCAGGGCUCUUCAGAACAUGAUAUUUGAAGGGAAGGAGAGGAACCUGGAUCUGAUCCAAGAGCUGCGCACCACUCACGCGCUCCAGGAGGAUGGACAGCUGCUCGUGAAGGCACAGAAGCAAAUGACACUGUCCUUACAGCGACAGCAUGACUCACAAAUGAAGCAGCUGUCAGCACUGGAAAGAGACUUGGCCACAGUAGAAGGAAGGGCACUGGCGAACAUGCUUGAUUUUCUGGCCAAAGAGCUGGUGAGGCUGCAAGAGGAGCAGAAGAUCCAUGCUCUGCUCAUGCUGGCUGAGAGGCAGAGGAGGAUGCGGGAAGCCGAGGAGAGUGGCCGGCGGCAGCUGGAGGAGAGCCGGCGGCACGAGGAAGAUGAGCUUUUCAGACAGGUGGUGGAUGUUCAGGACAGAACUAUUGACACCUACUUGGAAGAUGUUAUCCUGAGUAGCAUGGAGAGGACAGCUGAAGAGCAAGCCAGGGAAGAGGUUCAGAAAAGGGCUGUAGAAAUCAAUGACAUUGCUUACGAAAUGGAGAGUCGUCGAACUCGCCUACAGUCAGAAGAGAUUGUAGCAGAGCUGGUUUAUAAUUUCCUGAUCCCAGAAGCUGAGAAAAACUUUAUGAGAGAAAGAGUGAGGCAGUCCCAAAGAAAACACAUCUAUGCUGCUCAUCAGAUCAUCCACAGGGGCACAGAGAGGGCUCUGGCUCAUCUGGCACUGCAUCAGGAGACAUCUGCCACCGAGAGAGAGGAGGAUUCUCCUGCUGGGACAGCUGCUGGACCAAGUGCAGCUGACAGCACUCACCCUGCCACAGUUGCACGAGAACUUGGACAAGACUUCCACAAGGAUCCCACAGCCUCAUAGGAGAGAAGAUGAGUGAGGUGGGUUUCCCUUCCCCUCUGUGAUUUGAGUUUGGAGCAUGGUGAGGGAAAGGGAAGCACAUUAUAUUUGCUUUUUCAGGGCACCCUGAAUGGAAAACUGUCUCUCUCCCUUGGGCUGUCCCUCCUGUUGCCUGCUAGCAGUGUUGUCCUGGAAUCAUUCUGUAUGCAUUUUGGUGUGGCAGCUCCCUCCAGUUGUCCCUCCCCAACUUGCUUUGGACUUCAUUAGGUAAUUUUUCUGUUCUGAUUAUUUAGAGAAGCUUGAGUGAGAAAGCAGUGUUAGCAUUCCUUGUUUGUUUUCCUGGAACAGACCAAUAAAAAUCUGCAC